AUGGAUAUUAAAAUAAUAACUUAAAGUGAUACAUUCUUAAUCUAUAAGGAGAUCUAAACUUUAUAAGACUUAAAGAAAGAAAUCAAAAGAAUAGGGAUCUAAACAAGAGACAUCAUAAUUUAGUACCAAAGCUAUUUCUACUUAAGCUUAGCUUUUAUGAUAAUGAUUCUGAUAAAGUUGUGAUAAUAUAGGAUGAGGAUCUCUAAUAUGCUUACCAGCAAUCCAAGGCUCUAAAAAAGCAGUCCAUCAAAUUAUAUGCUUAUUACAAAUUGAGUCAGCCUAAAAUUCUCCAAUUUGAACCUUCAAUUAAAUUUUCAACGUAAUAGCCUAAAUAGGAUUGGAUUUUUUAGUCCUUCAAUGAAAAUAGCAGCCAAUCUUUGACAAAUUCAAACGAAAUUCAAACCUGCUUUCAAAAUAGAUAUACUAUUGUACCAGAGCCACCAAAAACAAGAGAAGAAAAGCUUAAAUCAGCGAUUGAUUCUUUCAUUGAUUAAAUUUUAAAGGAAGAAUAUCAGAUAUGA